AAACAUUAAAUCUGGUCCUGUUGUAUCUAGAUGAGCAUAAUAAUAAUGCCACUUUGAGGGAUUUCUCUCACUUACAGGCCAUCGAUUAGUAUUGAAUCAGUCCCUCCUUUCCUUUAGGAAAUAGGAGCACACUAACAUGUAAAACUAAUGGGAGAAUGAUACUUCUAACUAACCUUCUUGUGGAAGCAUAUGAUCCCUAGAUUGGGAAAAAUAAAGUGCUCGUCACCUUCUUGGGAUCCAUCUUUAAGAAAGCUCCCAUAUAAAAUAUAGCAAUAAGAGUAGGCCCACUCUUUCCCAUAUUCCACUCUCAUCCAAAAGAGAACAGGGAGAUGAAGAGCUGAAUAAUUGAAGGGCCACUAGCGGAGAAAACUGCUGCUCCUCUCUCUAGAUCUGCAUUAAAAAAAAUCGGAUCUUUGCUUCCGUCACUAAAUCCAACCGAACAGAUCUGCGGCCCACGCCGAGCCAUUUCCGGAGCGUAAAAGCCUCCCCGACACAGAAUCUUCAGUUCAGAUCCGAAGAAUGACCGGCGAGUUCUCAUCUGCCCUUAGAGAAAAUCUUUGACAGAUUUGUGAGCCCUGCCGCCGGUUGGAAGAACGAUCAUGGAGGGAGCCCUUUCACGAGCUGCAAGCUCUGCCGCCGGUUGAGCUCUAGUGAAAGGGAUGGGAAACCCAUUCUCUCAACAGCCGUGCUAAUCUAGCAGUGGUGGAGGAGCGAACUCAACUCCCAUGCAGAAAAUGGCAUCAGGCCGUGGGUGUGCUGUGAGCAAGCUCCCACCGGCAAGGAGGAGGUAGAGGCAUGCUCAAUUCCGGUGACAAAUUGAUUUCACCCCGCCAAUUGGCUUCUCUGUUUUUGGAAAAUUUUGGUUUGUUGAUGGUGUCUUUGAGACCUGCGGUUUUGGAGCUAGGCCCGGAGCAAAAAUUGGAGCGUAGGCAGAUCGGAGCGUGUGACGAGAUUGAAGACCACUUCAUCGCUGUUCUAUUCUUAUUGCUGGUCUUCGCCGGAAUCUGGACACCGCUCCCAGUCAGUGUGCGACUGACUCAACUCCGGUGGAGGAGAUAAUGUCCCCCACUCCACUCUCCGGUCUUCCCCAAUUUUAGGUUGGAGCUGCGUGAGAGUAGGAAUGGAGACCCGCUGCACAUUCAGGUUCAAAUUUUGAAGUGAGCACUGAUCCUCCUCCCGUCAUCCGGAACCAUGGCCGGAGAGCUUCGCCAAGUCAUCGGGAUGCGGCUGAGGCACCGCCAUGAAGGCGGGUCUUCGAUCUGAAGGACUUGAGACUCGCAAUUGAGGCUUGCAACUUUGGUGUCUGCUAUCGUCCAAGCUUUAGAAUCCGGGUACACAGGUUCGAAUUU